GCUCCAUUGAUUUUCCGAGCGUCAUUAGUAAAAAUUUGUAACACAGUUAAAGUGUUAAACACUGUAACAGUUCCUAAUCUUUUGCUUGUUUUCGCUGGCCUGUCGCUGCAUCUGUUCACCCACGUUUAUCCACCGAGGCUGCAAAGACCAUUUCUUCGACGCUUUCAAGUCUAAACACUGUCCAGUAUCCACUGUAGGAUGCAUGCAGCGCGUUGAUUGCCAAUUACCCUGCUAAUUCAUCCCCAGUACUGAUCAUGAGCAAACGCCACAACUCCAGCCCCAACCCCUCCUCCCUGGCCGCGGCGGCCCCCACCCCGCCCCUGGGCAACCCCCAGCCGGAGUGCCUGCAGGCGCCCUCCUCCACCUCCUCCUCCACCCAGUCCCUCUCCCCCGGGAUGGACUUUCGCAGCGUCUUCAGCCCCGACAAUCUCAACAGCGCCCCCCUGGACCUGGAACCCCGGGGCGGUGGGACUGCCGCCUUGCCGUCGUGGGGCUGGCAGGGCAGUAAGAACAGCGUCCUGGAACGGCUGCAGUUUCUGCUGGGGAAUAAUGUCCUCUCGGAUGUGACGUUCAUCGUGGGGAAGGAGGGUCCUGUGCGGAUGCCUGCGCACAAGUUUGUGCUGACGAUGGGCUCGACGGUGUUCGAUGCCAUGUUCAACGGCCCCUUGGCCACCAAAGAGAAGGAGAUACACUUGCCUGAUAUCGAGCACACGGCCUUCGCCACGCUUCUCAAGUUUCUGUACACGGAUGAACUGGGGGAUAUCACGCAUUACUCUGUGAUGACGACGCUGUAUGUGGCCAAGAAGUACGCCGUUCCGGCGCUGCAAGCCGCGUGUGUGCAGUUUCUAAAGAAUAAUCUCUGCCCCAGUAAUGCCUUUCUCCUCGUCACCCAGGCGCGUCUGUUCGCGGAGAUGGAGCUGGCCAACCUGUGUCUGGAGAUGAUCGACAAGCACACGGGGGAGGCCAUCACGGCGGAGGGCUUCCUGGAGCUGGAUCACGAGACGCUGUGCUCGGUGCUGGAGAGGGACACGCUGCACAUCCGUGAGAACAAGCUCUUCCAGGCCGCCGACAAGUGGGCCGAGCACGAAUGUGUCCGGCAAGGCAAGAUCGUCGACGCGGCACGGAAGCGUGAGGUACUGGCCAACGCCCUGGAGCUCAUCCGCUUUCCCGUCAUGAGCAUCGAGGAAUUCGCGCUCGGACCAGCCCAGAGCGGUCUGCUGUCGGACAAGGAGGUGAAGGAGCUCUUCCUGUACUUCACGCUGAACCCCAAACCGGAGACACGCUUCGUCUGUAUGCCGCGCAGCUGUGUGGCCGGCAAGGAGUACGUCUGCAACCGCUUCCAGGCCACCGACAGUCGCUGGGGCUACAGCGGCACCGCCGACCGCAUCCGGUUCACGGUGGACCGGCAGAUCUACGUGAUGGGCCUGGGCCUGUACGGGUCGGUGCACGGGCCGGCCGAGUACAGCGUCAGCCUGCAGAUCAUCCUGUCCUCCAACCAGCGCGUCGUCGCCCAGCACGACAACACCUUCUCCAGCGACGGCACCGAGGCCGUCUUCCGCGUCAUGUUCAAGAAGCCCGUGGAGAUCAUGGCGCAGACGCACUACACCAUCUCCGCCUGCCUGAAGGGCCCGGAUUCGCAUUACGGGACGCGGGGAGCGCGGAAGGUGACGAAAGUGAUCGGGAAGGAUUCCUCCGUGACCUUCAACUUUAUUUACUCCCCCGGUAACAAUAACGGCACGUCCGUGGAGGACGGACAAAUACCCGAGAUCAUUUUCUACACCGUUUAAGAUUUUUUACCCGUAUUUACAUGCAUACCCGUACGCGCACGCUCGGUUGUUUUACAUAUGUUUUUUAUUUGUAUAUAAAGCCAUAGUCGUUGUGAAUUUAAGUUUUAGCAGUAAUUUGCCGUCGUUUCGUGUAUGCGGUUAAUAUUCGUUGCGACAGCUUUGAUAUAGAAUAAUAUUUGGAAAUGUGAUAGAAAUAAAU